GUUGCCGUCCACUCGGGGUACCCUGUCUCCCAUAACGAGCGCACCCCUCUUCCCCGGGCGGGACUUCCUUUCUCCUGCGGAUGCGAUACUGUAGGCAGAAAGGGCUUGGUCGGGUUGUCACUGGUGUAUCUGUGCGGCUCCGGAGCAGCAGAGAACCGGCCUGAAGACGCCGCUGCCACCGCCGCUGAAGCCCCGUAGAUGAGCCUCCUCCCCGGCUAUGCUGCCCUGAGAGAGCCGCCAGUAUCCGCCCCGCCAACAUGUCUGAUGUCAACAAGACUAUUCAGAAAUGGCACGCCAGUUUUAGGAAAGGCACAGACUUUGACUCCUGGGGACAAUUAGUGGAGGCUAUAGAUGAAUACCAAAUUUUAGCGAGACAACUGCAAAAAGAGGUCCAGUCAACACAUUCAUCAGACUUCACAGAGGAGCAGAAGAAAACCUUAGGAAAAAUUGCAUCAUGUCUGGAGAUGAGAAGUGGCAGUCUGCAGUGCACACAGUCCAAGGAGGACUUCAAGUUAGAAGAGCUGAAGAAACUGGAAACCAUCAUUCAAAAUAUUCUGACGUACAACAAAGCAUUUCCCUUUGACGUGCAGCCAGUGCCCUUAAGGAGAAUCCUUGCUCCAGGUGAGGAGGAGCACCUGGAGCUGGAGGAGGAGGAGGAUGCUGCCGCAGGAGCAGGGAGCACCGAGGCUUUCCCCCCCCGAGCCCCCGCUUCGCAAGGUACCUUGUUGCCACGGUUACCAUCAGAGCAUGGGAUGACACUACUAACACUAAAGAUUGAAAAAAUUGGGUUGAAGGACGCCGGGCAGUGCAUCGACCCGUACAUGACCGUCAGUCUCAAAGAUUUGAACGGCUUAGAUGUAUACCCAGUGCAGGACACACCUGUGGCCUCCAGGAAGGAAGAUACCUACAUCCACUUCAGUGUGGACGUGGAUAUCCAGAGACACGUGGAGAAAAUACCAAAAGGAGCAGCUAUCUUCUUUGAAUUCAAGCACUACAAACCUAAAAAGGGUUUCACCAGCACUAAGUGUUUUGCCUUCAUGGAAAUGGACGAGAUCAAACCCGGCCCCAUCGUCAUCGAACUGUACAAGAAGCCCACAGACUUCAAGAGGAAGAAACUGCAGCUCCUCACAAAGAAACAACUCUAUCUCCAUCUCCACCAGACGUUACACAAGGACAGCUAAGUCUUGGCGUCCUGAACUUUAAACCAACUUUUUUGAAUCAUUCUCUCACACACACAUCAAUGUGGAAGUUCACCUCAUCUCACCCAGCAAUACUAAACCAAGCUUGUAUUCAUGUGUUUUUUCAAGAGUAUAUGGAGAAAGUAAAGGGAGACGAACACAUCAGC